AUGGACAAGGCGUUGACCCAGCUGUCAGAGACGCUGAGACACCCAAGCGACCUGCAAACAAAACUGGAUAGCAUAGAGAGAUCUACAAAGGAGGCAUACGAACACCACGAUGGAAAUCUCUCCGCGAUGAUAUCUAAGUGCUACUCAAACAUCCUGAAUAUAUCGAAGAGGAUAUAUGGACUUGAAGAGCAUCUCAAGAGCUUUGUGGAAGGUAAGGAUAGGAAUGUCCGCGUUUUAAAGGGCUUUUUUUCCCUUGUCAAGGAUUACCGAUCUGUGAAGAUGAUGUGCUUAGCCCACUCGAACCUGUGCAAGGUGAUUGAGUUUUCGGAUAGACUAAACGACAUAGGAGGUACUGUGGAGACAGAAGACAUUAUUGCAUACCACACGAAAGUAUAUGACGCGGAGGAUUUUGGGUGCCAGCUGGACAUGUACAACACCGAUAUAUCGCAUGACGACUACGUCCAGGUUAAUAAGGCACUCAACACAAUUGAGAAGAACUCGUUGGACUUUACUGCCAAGGUUCUUGAGAUUUCUGAAGAGUUUAUCGAGAACCACGAAGCCAUGGAUAAGAUUGUUCAGAUAGUUGAAAAAGAGGAGGCUCGCGAUGAAUUAACAAGAAAGGUCCAGGAAGGCGAAAAGAGCGACAAUCCCGUUCUCAAGGAGUUCUACAGGAUGUAUAGAAUGUAUGCAACCAGGAAGACAAAGAAGUUGAAGGACAAGGUCAUAAAGUCGAUUGAGGUGUCUGUCAAGGGCAAGUUCGACAGACUGAGAAACGAGGAGAUAUUUGUGAACAGAAUGGACUUUGUGCUAAAGGAUCUGUCCUUUAUUAGGGAGAAUAUAAGUCUCAGCUUCUAUUCGUUCGACAACAUCCUUACGCUGUACCACAAUAACCUAAAGCUUUUUCUUGACGAGAACACAGAAAGACUGGAUGCUGGGGAAAUACUGGCCAUCAUCGAGUAUGUCGGCAACUACUACAACACUAUUGAAUCGAAGUUCAACAAGAUAGCCGAUGCGCUAGGAGGAAGACUCCUCAGCAACGAAACUGAACUGCUAGAAAAGUACACAAAGACGGCACAGGAAAAGCUGAAGGAAUGGGUUAUGAACAUAACCAGGAUUGAGGUGGAAAAGUUCUAUGCCAGAAACGAAGAGCUUUCUAGAGACGAGGAGGACAAGCUUGUGAGCCCUGGAUUUGUCAGUCUCCUUCAGAUAAUCAGGAUGCAGCUGGAGCCCAUUGCAUUCAACAAGAGGAUAUUUGCACAUAUAACAAGGACGAUUACAAAGUACUGCGAGAUCUUCAAGGAGAAUCUUGUCGAAGCAAUGGACAAGGACUUUAAGUCGUCCUGUGAAAUGAGCAGCAAGGCUGGCUACGAGGACUUCUGCAUCAUGUUUGGGAACAGCGGCCUCAAGAUAGCACAGUACAUCACCUCCCUGCCGUCUUACCACAACGACGAGGUCAAGGAGCUGGGAGACAUAUUCAUCGACAUCCUGAAAGCUUCGAACACGUUUCUGGCCGAGUUCAUUAUAUAUGCAUGUCAGCCUGCAAUAGACAAGAUCUUCACAGACGAAUGGUGUGGUGGUAGUGUCACCAAGGUUGUGGUCCUGACCCUACAGGACUUUCUUUCUGACUACCAGAACACCAUGAGCGAGUACUCCUUCGUUACAUUUAUUCACGAGCUUUCCAUGUCCAUUGUGCUAGCCUACAUGAAGCAACUGGGGAGGAAGCGAGCCUCCAUAGCCGAGGAAUGCAGCAGAACCCUGAAGUCGGAUCAUACCAAGCUGUAUGAAAUGCUUAGCGGGUAUGGGGACCCGGAGGAUGUAAAGACAUGCCUCUCUCCCAUCCUUAAGAUCAUUCCUCUCAUGGACACAAGAAAUGAUGACCUCUUCAUUGUGGAGGUGAAGUCUCUGAAGCUUAUAUAUCCUGACAUCAAGAAGAGCUUCAUCAAGACAAUCAUAAAGAAGAGGCAGGACCUUACGGAGGACCAGAAGAAAACCCUCGCCGACAGGCUUAAGGAAUGCUUCACAGACGUUGCGAGCAGGGAAAAGACGAUCUUUUCGCGAUUGCUCAAUCUGUAG